GCUGGUGUGAAGGCUGUUCCUGCUGUAUUGAUCCCUUUGCAAAGGAAAAACCUGCGCAGGUAGACUCAACCAGUCUGAAAAGUGCUUACCUCCGAGCCCAUUAUUGAGGAGACGUGCGCCUGACAACCGAGAGCAGGAAUCACCGCUGAAAUCUCAAUUGAUAAAGAACUCAGAGUGGAGAGCAGUGUGUCAAAAGCAGGGUGGACCCGGACCUGGAUCAACCUCCUUCCCGAGCUCAGAGGCCAGAACAAAACAACAGACCAGCACAACCAACAUCAUCUUAUCCAGUAUCAGACCGGGGAGAAUCCUCCGCAGCUUCACCUCCGCCUUACUCUGACCCUGGAAAACGAGCAUCACUGCUAACCAACCUCCCCCAGCCUACACAAGAGAUUGCUGGAGCAACUGCACCACCUCUGUCCCCUCAUGUCACCAGAUCGGGAACAAAAUUUAAUCCAGGAAUGAGUGAACAGGCUAUCAGUUUGGAUGACAGCAUUACGACCAUGCCCAUGGUUGAAGUUAUGGGUGCAGAUGGAAAUACAUUCAAAACACAGCGGUUUGGACACCCCGGCAGCAGGAUGGAGAGACGCACCCCAAAUCACAAACUGGGAAGUGCAUCUCAGAGAUGUGAAAGGACUAAGACCUGAAGUGCAAACGUAUGUACACAAACACUGUGUGCAGUGGGACUUGGCAAGACUGCCUGAGGUUGAGAGAUUUGCCGUUCAUGGAGAAAAAAUGGCAAAGGAAGACAUGGAGCGAGACAACAAGAGGAAAGUCAAAACUGAAGAAAAACUCCAGUUAGCACAGCUCACAAUGUACAAGUCACAAACACGGAGCGCUGCAGGACGUGGGAGAGGCCGUGGGAGAGGCAGACGACAGCAGAGAGGAGCUGGAGGGAAAGAAGUGGAGGGGAGAAACAGAGAGAGUUGUUUUCAGUGUGGAGCUGCAGGACAUUGGGUUAGAGGUUGACCUGAAAAGCAGGAAACUGAGGCUGACUGACUCGGGGCUGAGAAAGGGAAGGGUACCCAGACAUCACAUCAAAAGCAGGUGGAACCAUCCCAGCUGACCCCAGACUCUCCAGAACUGCGUGAUAUCCCGGAGCACUUGUGGGCAACCAGUAAAUAUGAUGUGGGGGAAAUGAAAGGUGCCCCCCCUUUGGUGGUGACUCCCAAGUCUGACUUCAGACCAUGUAAGCAUCAAUAUCCAUUAAAUCCUGAAGCUGUUAAGGGUAUUACUCCUGUGUUCAGCUCUUUAGUGAAGGCAGGAGUGAUCAGCCCAGUGCGCACACCAAUACUUCCUGUAACAAACAUAAGGGACAAAGGGCAGCCUGAAGAAUGGCGCUUUGUACAACAGUGAAUGCAGCAAUACAUGCCAGAGCACCUGAAGUUCCCAACCCCCACACCAUAUUGGCACAGGUUCCACCAGAAAGCAAAUACUUUUCUGUGAUUGAUCUGGCUGAUGCAUUUUUCAGUAUAAAGGUUGAUCCUGCCAGUCAGCUUUGGUUUGCUUUCUCUUUCCAAGGGGAAGUUAUACUUGGACACGUUGCCCCAUGGGCCUGAAUGAGGCCCCCACAGUCUUCAACAGUGCACUAAAAGAAAACCUGUCAGGUUCCACAGGGUUCCACAUUGUUGCAAUAUGUUGAUGAUUUGCUGAUCUGUUCCCCUUCCAAGCAGGCCUGCGAGACAGACACAAGAGAGUUGUUAAAAUACCUCGCUGAAAACGGUCACAAGGUGAGCCUCUCCAAAUUACAGUGGACCUCGGAGAAGGUCGCCUAUCUGGGACACGUGAUCUCGUCAGACGGUAAGUCCCUCUCUCCAAAAAGGAUUGCAACGAUUCAAUCCAUCCCAAAACCACAAACAAAGAAACAAAUGAUGAGUUUUCUUGGCAUGACGUCAUAUUGCUGUCAGUGGAUACUCAACUAGGCUGUGCGAGAGGCUCCACUGUCAGCAAUGAUACAUGGGAGGGGACUGACUGCACAUGACAGACUAGACUGGACUGAAGAUGCUGACAAAGCUUUCACUGACUUAAAACUGACACUGCAGACUGCUCCGACUUUAGGAUUACCAAACCCUGAUAAACCAUUCACCCAGACAGUGGAUGAAAAGGGUGGAUACAUCUGUUUUAUUGCAGGAACAUGGAGGGCGACAAAGACCAGUGGCAUAUUUCUCAUCCAAACUGGACUCAGUAGCAGCAGGCCUCCCCCUUUGUCUGCGAGCAGUAGCAGCAGCUGAAAAGGCACUUCUAGCUUCACGUGACCUUGUGGGCUACUCUGACUUAACCCUAUUGGUACCACAUUCUGUAUCACUGAUCCUCACAGAGCAAAAACAACACAUUUAUCAGCUGCUCGUUGGUUAAGGUACCACACAGUAUUACUGGAGAUGCCAAAUGUAACAGUUAAAAGAUGCACUGUGCUAAACCCAGCUUCACUUCUCCCCACAGAAGCAGAUGGUGAACCUCAUGAUUGUAUAGCAGCUAUUUCUGAAAUCUGUUCUCCCAGGCCUGACCUACAGGAUGCACCGCUGACUAACUCUGAUCUGGUGGUCUUUGUGGAUGUUCGGCAUCACGCAACCCAGACACCGGUAAAAAUCAAGUAGGCUAUGCAGUGGUCACAGAACAUGACAUUCUAGCCUCUGGUUCAUUACCAUCUCACUUCUCAGCUCAAGCAGCAGAACUUGUAGCAUUGACAAAAGCAUGUGAAAUUGCUAAGGACCAAACAGUCACUGUUUACACUGAUUCCAGGUAUGCCUGUGGGGUAGUGCAUGAUUUUGGCACAUUGUGGAAACAACGGCAGUUCCUGACUGCUGUGGGGAAACCCAUUGCACAUCACAAACUAGUGGCUGCAUUGCUAGAUGCCUUAUUACUCCCAAAAACCAUAGCUGUGUGUAAAUGUGAUGCUCACACUAACUCAGAAGACUCUGUUUCUCUAGGCAACUCCAGAGCGGAUGCAGCAGCAAAGACAGCAGCUAAACAGGAGGUGAAACCAGACCACAGCAUUAACAUCAAAACCACACUAACUCCAUCUCCUAACACAGAUUUACAGGCUGUCCAGAGCAUGGCUACCCCAGAGGAGAAACGGGUAUGGAAAACAGCAGGGGCUUACAUAACAGGUGAGGUUUGGUAUGGUCCUGAUAACAAACCAUGUCUCCCCAAACAUUUUUUCCUGCAUUAUGCUAAGUUGACACACGGGAGGGACCAUGUGUCAAAAGGGGGUAUGAUAGAACAAAUGCAGCAACACUGGUUCACAAAGGGAUUCCAGAUUUACUCCCAAAGAUUUUGUAAGUCUUGUAUGAUCUGUGCAAUUAAUAAUGUAGGCAGAGGCAUUCAAACUUCACCGGCAGCACAGCCACCUCCAGAUAGGCCUUUUGAACAUCUACAAAUGGACUUCAUAGAGCUCACACCAUGUGAAGGUAAAAAGUAUUGCUGGGUGAUCGUGGACAUGUUCUCAGAAUGGGUAGAAGUUUUUCCCUCUAGCAAACAAGAAGCAGGCACAGUGGCCAAAGCCUUACUGCAAGAAAUCAUCCCAAGGUGGGAAUACCAGGUAAGCUCAGCAGUGAUAAUGGACCAGCUUUUGUCAGCACAGCUUUAAAACAGGUGAGCGACUACCUUGGAAUGGACAUCAGACAUCAUUGUGCCUAUCAUCCAGCUAGUGCCGGGGCAGUGGAAAGAGAGAAUGCUUCUAUAAAGAGCAAACUGAGCAGAUGUUGUGCAGAAACGGGACUCAGCUGGCUAAAAGCCUUACCUCUCGUGUUAAUACACAUGAGGACAAGAAUAAGUCAAAUAUGGCCUCAGUCCUUUUGAAAUUUUGUUUGGACGUCCACCAGAUAGGCGGAUAGGGACCCCAGGGCAUCCUCUUCCAACCACAGAACACUACCAGGAGGCUGGGUGCUGAUCAAAGAUUUCCGGAGAACCAGCUGGAAGCAAAAACGCUGGCAGGGACCAUUCCAGGUACUACUGACAACACAGACAGCAGUUAAGGUCGGAGGUCGUGCAACUUGGGUUCAUGCCAGUCAUUGCAAGAGGAUCCCAGAACCACAGGAAUAACCCACUGGGUUAGAAAGAUUUUCCACGCUGACGCUGAGGAAGACAACAAGGGUGUACGACGUGCUCUGCCCUUUCAACCUGCAGCUGCGUUGGAACCAAAGGUGAGAGCGAGGGGUGAAAAAGCGCCCUCCUCCAACAAGAGCGUGCCAAGCUCCAACAAAGUGACGUGCAGAGUGAGACUCUGUGUCACCCACGAGGGAUCAGCGAUGGAACGCAGACACCUGCUGAAACAAUUAGGAUGGUUUGGGACCAGAGGCUUGGUGUGUCCUUUGAUUGUGACAGCCAUUUGUGUGAUUUGCAUGGUUAUCUUUGCAUACAGUAAAUUUCCACAUGACUCCCCAAGCAUCACAGACACAGGGAAGACUCGUAUGAAUCACGUGAGGCGUUCACUUCCUGGGACCUUAAACCCCUUUUCUAGUCCUGACUUUAUCAAAAAUAGUUUGUGGCUGCAGUAUGCAAAUUUCACUGCUGUGUCACUGACAAAUUACUCAUGCACAUUCUGUAUGGUGGCUAGGCCGCUACUUAUGGUAAUACCGGUCCCUGACACCUCAGAAACCUGUGCAUCAGAUCCUCAUUAUCCUAGUCACAAUUAUAGUUGUAAGUUCCUUUGCGAUAUCUACUACACAAAUUCUGACACGUCUAAGAUUCCAGAAUUUUGUGGUCAUUUCUUUCCGUCAAGCGAUUUUACUAGGCCUCCAACACACUUUGAGCCACCUCAGGAUGUCCUUAUUCCUUCAGAGCUAAAUGUAACUGACUGUUUCAUCUCUACCUACGGCACCACUGAUGUGGGUACAGUGAAAGCAAAUUGUAAAUACCUUUGGGAUGUUUGCAAACGUUACAAUAGUGUCAUAGAUUAUGCACUAUUACAUCAGACUGACUACCUUACUACAGUAAAAAUCACAAGAGACUGUAUGACCUGCAGAUGCUCUGAGUGGGUAGCAAAACGCCCAGCUGUCACUCCAUUGCAGAACCCAGACCAAAAGGUAGCUGAUGUGUGGUGGCUGUGUGGAGAUGCAAAGCUGCGUCCAGUUUUGCCUCAAACAUGGAAGGGCACUUGCAUCAGAGUCAAAUUAAUUCAACAAACUAUAAUUCACCCACAAGUUCAAUCACAGUUAUCAUCCCACCAAGGUAGGGUUAAACGCUCCAAGGACAUCCUCAACCCUGACUCUAAAGUGUAUAUAGACACCAUAGGUGUCCCGCAAGGAGUUCCUGAUGAAUAUAAAGCACAAAAUCAAAUUGCAGCAGGAUUUACAUCAUGGCUUCCAUUCUUUGGACAUGUGACAGAAAACAGCAAAAACACGGAGUGGAAUAAAUUACAUCUAUUACAACCAGCAGAGGUUUGCAAAUUUCACUAGAGAUGCACUGAAGGCUUUAGGAGAACAAAUGCAUGCGACUAGUCUCAUGACAUGGCAAAAUAGAAUGGCAUUAGACAUGUUGAUAGCAGAGAAAGGAGGGGUGUGUGUGAUGUUUGGUGAGGCAUGUUGUACAUUCAUUCCUAACAAUACUGCAGCUGAUGGCUCUUUUACAGAAGCACUCACUAAAUUAGAAACAUUGGCUUAUGAACUUAAAGAAAAUGCAGAAAGUUCUAUGUUUGAGUGGUUUGACAGAACUUUUGGUAAAUGGAAAGAUUUGAUAGUGUCACUUGUGACAGGAAUCAUUGGAGCUUUAGCUCUCGUAUCACUGUGUGGAUGCUGUGUCAUCCCCUGCAUCAGAAGCCUGAUUGUUAGAACCAUUGAUAAAUCUGUCUCACACCAAAUGGCUUCCUUACCUGAGCAACAGCCCCUAAUGGGGGAACGGCUGGAACUGAACCUGGUACCUAACUGGACGCCCCCCUAUCAUGAUUAUGAUGAUGCAGAGACUGUUGACUAUGAGCAAAAUGAUGUGUAAAUUUUAAAUUCUCUUCACAGGUAUGACCAUUAUAGUGCCAAUGUUUCAUUCAACAGCUAAGGCUAUUUCACCUUCCAAUUUAUGAUGUGUUUACUUAAACCCCAGGUGUGUAAGCACGGAUGCUUUAUGGAAGUUUUUUUGUCUUAUGUUUUCUAUUAUCAUUAUUAUUACAAACAAAUUUUAUAAGAUGAUUAAAAAUAAUCAAAAGGGUGGAAAUGUAAUGGAAAAUUUGUUUCUGAACUCGAAUAACCUCUGUGUACUUUUUCUCUGUAAUUGUAAUUUUAUAGCACAAAGACCAAGUGUGUGAAGAUGGGAAAAACAACUUGACUGUAGGCUGUGUCCAAGGCCAUGGCGCAAUUUGCUAUCAUGCAGGUACUACUUGGUGGGGGGAACCUGAACUCCCCAUGGAUAGUGGAACAAGAUUGUAUCAACACAAUAGUAUAAAGGAAUGGGUGUUAUUCUGUCCUUUGGUCAGUGCUGGUGUGAAGGCUGUUCGUGCUGUAUUGAUCCCUUU